AUGAGAGAUGCACUGUUAACCAUUUGUUAACACUUUUACAGAGCUCUUUUCAGAAUAAGCAGUUGCCUGUUUUUUAGGGCUUGCUCGGGUUGCGAUUUGUGUUAUCAUUCACCAUAGCCUAUGCGUGAGAAGAGAGGGGACCUGCUGUGCUGAGAUGGCUAUGGUAUGUCUCACAGACUUUGAGGAGUAUGCGAAGGAGCACCUCUCCAAGGCCACAUGGGACUACUACGCAGCCGGAGCAGACGAGUGCUGCACCAGGGAUGACAAUCUGCUGGCCUACAAACGGAUCCGUCUGCGACCACGGAUUCUACGGGACGUGUCAGUGUGUGACACCAGGACCACGGUGCAGGGCACAGAGAUCAGCUUCCCUGUGGGCAUCGCCCCCACUGCCUUCCACUGCCUGGCCUGGCAUGAGGGAGAGAUGGCCACCGCCAGGGCUACGGAGGCAGUGAACACAUGUUACAUCACCAGUACCUACUCCACCUGCUCUGUGGAGGAGAUCGCAGCUGCAGCACCUAACGGCUACCGCUGGUUCCAGCUCUAUGUGUACCGGGACAGGAAGCUGUCUGAGUCGAUCGUUCACCGUGUGGAGGCCCUGGGCUACAAGGCCUUGGUCCUCACCGUCGACGUGCCCUACACCGGGAAGCGCCGCAACGAUAUACGCAACCAGUUCAAGCUCCCGCCACACCUCAAGGUCAAGAACUUUGACGGUGUCUUCCAGGAGGCUGCCGGUCCUGCGGGUGAGGAGUAUGGGGUCCCUGCCAACACCCUGGACCCCUCCAUCAGCUGGAAGGACGUGUACUGGCUGCAGUCUCUCACCCACCUGCCCAUCAUCAUCAAAGGCAUCCUGACGAAGGAGGACGCUGAGCUGGCCGUGGAGCACGGCGUCCAGGGCAUCAUCGUGUCCAACCACGGAGGACGCCAGCUGGACGGAGGGCCCGCCACAAUAGAUGCCCUGUCUGAGAUUGUGGACACAGUGCAGGGGCGGAUCGAGGUAUAUCUGGACGGGGGUGUCCGCACUGGUAGUGACGUGCUGAAGGCUGUAGCUCUGGGAGCCAAGUGUGUGUUCAUCGGCAGGCCGGCCGUGUGGGGCCUCGCCUAUAAGGGUGAAGAGGGGUUGAAGGAGGUACUACAUAUCCUCAACAAUGAGUUCCGUCUGUCAAUGGCUCUGUCUGGGUGCAGGAACGUGGCUGAGAUCAACAGGAACGUAAUCCAGUUUUCUAAACUGUGACUUAACAGCAGGGGGCGCCAGAACCAGCUUGAUGAAUAACGACGAAAGCAAUACAGCGCUAUCCAUUCAAUCAAUAGAACUUGGAAUUUGGGACAACAAAGGAAGGAAAGGAAACCUCUCAUGUGAAUCAUAAUGAACUGAAUCUGACAUCAAUCAAAUAAAUCCUGAAAUCAUAAUACAUUUGAAUAGUUCUAUCCAAUGUGGCUGCCUUAGUUCUUGUGAAAAAAUAACCAGAGAUAUUUAAAUAUAAGCAUCUUCCAUAUGAUAUAACCAACGAAAUACGUUUUUCACUCAGCUAUUCCUAACUCUCAAUGGCUGCUGGCCCCCUGUCAACCCAUCUAUGAGUAUUGUGUCUCUGGUGAACAGGGGUGGCAGAGAAUAUGGUGACUAAAGUACAGUGCCUUCAGAAAAUAUUCAUACCCCUUGACUUAUUACACAUUUUGUUGUGUUACAACCUGAAUUCAAAAUGGAAUAAAUAUAUUUUAAAUCAUG